CGACGUCAGAACAUCGGGGUUCGUUCCGUCUAUUUCCUCCCCCCGUCGGCCGUCGCUGUCGUCCGUCCUCCGCUCCGGCUCUCCACUCCACUCCCUCCUCCUCCCGCGCCUCUCCCCGCUCCCAACUCGCAUCUCGAUCCCUCCGAUCUCUCUUCUCCCCGGUUGUCCCCGCGCAGGGAGCGAGGAAAAGGAGGAUGGAGGGCCCGCCCGUCGCGCUAUUCGACAGCCUCAAGGCUGCCAAACCAUUCUUCCUGCUAGCCGGGCCCAAUGUGAUUGAAUCGGAGGAGCAUGUCCUGAAGAUGGCCAAACACAUUAAAGGCAUCACAACCAAGCUUGGGAUCCCACUUGUCUUCAAGUCCAGCUUUGAUAAAGCAAAUCGUACAUCAUCGAAAUCUUUCCGUGGUCCUGGUCUGGAAGAAGGCCUAAGGAUCCUUGAAAAAGUGAAAGCAACAUAUGACCUUCCAAUUGUAACUGAUGUGCACGAAAGCCACCAGUGUGAAGCUGUUGGAAGAGUUGCUGACAUUAUACAAAUUCCAGCUUUCCUCUGUCGUCAGACUGAUCUUCUUGUGGCUGCUGCUAAGACUGGAAAAAUUAUCAAUAUCAAGAAAGGCCAAUUCUGUGCAUCCUCUGUUAUGGUCAGCUCUGCAGAGAAAAUAAGACUUGCUGGAAAUCCAAAUGUGAUGGUCUGCGAGCGUGGUACCAUGUUUGGCUACAAUGAUCUAAUUGUUGACCCAAGGAAUCUUGAGUGGCUUAGGGAAGCUAACUGCCCAGUUGUAGCUGAUAUAACACAUGCUCUACAACAACCAGCUGGAAGAAAGCUUGAUGGUGGAGGUGUUGCAAGCGGGGGCUUACGAGAACUAAUACCAUGCAUAGCAAGAACUUCUGUUGCUGUUGGUGUUGAUGGUAUUUUCAUGGAGGUACAUGAUGAUCCCUUGAACGCACCAUGUGAUGGCCCAACCCAAUGGCCAUUGCGCAAUUUGGAGGAACUAUUGGAGGAAUUGUUAGCAAUUGCUCGAGUUACCAAGGGAAAGAAGCCGUUCAAGAUUGAUCUCACUCCAUUCCAGGAAUGAUCUAGUUUGGUAGUAACAGUGCACAAUGCCACUGUCCAUUUGUUUCAACUUUCAACAGGGUGUAUUUCUUGUAGCUGUACUUGUUACUGUUUCGUGCCUAGCUGCCGCAGAUGACUGUUAUGUGUGAAUUACUGAGUUGACGCCUGUGUGGUUGGUUCGUGCUAUUUCAUCAGUUGUACCAUGUGUCCAUGUUAUUGGACAAACAAUGUCAUCGCAAAAUAAAUGUGAUUGCUGGCUGAUUACCAGCUUUCUACUUCUGUUUAUCCA